UGGCAUUUCGUUCGCGUUUACAAAAUAAUAGUGGUGGUAGUUCAAUAGAACAGCUCGAAAUUGAAAUGUGUUCGCCUUCAUCGUCGCCUCCAAUACCUGUUUCUCCAGUGUGUACGACUAUUUUACCACGAAAAUUAAGGUUUGCAUCACCUAGUCGAGACGAGGACGACGAAGGAACAAGUGGCAGUGAUGAUAGUCCGUUUAAGACGAAGUCUGACAACAACAAUGAAAGUGACAAAACUCCAACAACAAUGUGUAUAUCGCCACCAUACCGCAAAGUACGUGCCUUGAGACUCUUUGACACGCCUGCAACACCGAAAACUAUUUUGGAACACUCUUUAAAUCACUUAUCACUGGCUGCAGCUUCAGAUAUUACCAAACGACAGGAAUCACUUUUUCUUAAGACAGCUGAAAGACCACGAUCGCUACCAUUACACAAUCGUGCCUUGGACAAUGUUAUGCAACAGCAAACAGCUAAUGUAAAUCCAUUUACACCCGAUAGUCUUAUGGCCCAUAAUAAAAAACGCUGCAGAACUCAAAUUGGUCGUGAGAAUUUAAGUAACCGCUCACUGCAAAUGUUUCUAAAUAGCGAUGAGGAUAUGAACAAUGAUAAUGAGCAAUCAUCGGAAAUGCAUCAAGCUCCCAAAAGACUGGCUUUACAAGAUACUAACAUCAGCCGAUACAAAAAAGAAUUUGUUGAAUUAUCUGUAAUUGGAAUUGGUGAAUUUGGAAUGGUUUAUCAAUGCUUAAAUCGUUUAGACGGUUGCAUAUAUGCAAUUAAAAAAAGCAUUAAGCCUGUUGCUGGCAGUUCAUUUGAGAAACAAGCACUUAAUGAAGUAUGGGCCCAUGCGGUUUUAGGAAAACACGAUAAUGUCGUCCGUUAUUAUUCUGCCUGGGCUGAAGACAAUCAUAUGCUGAUACAAAAUGAGUAUUGUAAUGGCGGUAGUUUACAAUCUUUACUACAAAAACGUUGUUUAGUAGAAUCCGAACUCAGGAUACUUCUACUGCAUGUGGCCGAGGGAUUGCGUUAUAUACAUUCCAAUGAUUUAGUCCACAUGGACUUAAAAUCGGGAAAUAUAUUUUUAACUAAAGUUCCUUCGGUACAUAAGACAGCAAUGCCACCACUUACAAAGGAGUGUUAUGAAACCGGCAUGGAUGGCAUUUAUGAAGAAUUAAGUAACUCGGAAUGGUUAAUUACGUACAAAAUUGGAGACUUGGGACAUGUUACAUCGGUUAAAGAACCAUGUGUGGAGGAAGGUGAUUGCCGUUAUCUGCCAAAAGAAAUACUCGAAGAUGAUUUUUCGAAUUUAUUUAAAGCCGACAUUUUUGCUCUUGGCUUGACGCUGUACGAGGCUGCUGGUGGUGGUCCAUUGCCGAAAAAUGGCCCAGAAUGGCACGAUCUAAGAAAUAACAAAGUACCCGAUAUUCCAACCUUAAGCAGAGAAUUUAACGACUUAAUAAAAAUUAUGACACAUUCUGAUCCAGAGAAAAGGCCAUCAUCUACGUCGAUAUUUAAUCAUUCCGUUCUGAAUUCUCUGGAAUCAAAAAGCAAAGCACAACUCAGCCAGGAAUUAACAAUUGAAAAACGUAAAAAUGAAAUACUUUUACGCAAGCUGAGAGAAGCACGAAAAACAAUCAAGGCAUAUGAACAAAAUGCAAAAAGUAAGACAACUCCCCAAAGGUUAACAGAUCAGCGCUGUCUUCGCUCACUUACGCGUAAGAAACACAGCACACCUAGUUUGAACAGCAAAUUGGAGAGCCUGCGAGACCGCAAUAAAAAUGUUAUUAACAAUUUUAAGUACUAA